AUGAUUUCCACUGCUAUACCACCAAACUGGAAAGAGGUUGUUCAACGCGCUGGGACUGGGAAAGACCCAUUUCGAUACUUGCUCCGAACCGUUGAUGAACUCGCAUAUCCAAAAGUUCCCGACAGCUUGUUCGGGAUACUCAUUGGCUUUGCAGCCGUUUACUUUGCGGUUAUCGUGAUUUGCUUUUGCCUUCUCAUCAUUCCGGUAACUCGUGGCCAGGAUGCUCGAAAGCGCCAUUUCUGGCUCUACAAAAAGCACCACUUACCUUCCAGCAACACGCCGUACUACAUCUAUAAUAGUGGAUUGUUUGCACGGAGGAUAUAUAUGUAUGUCUGGCUUCCAGGAUAUUAUGGAUUUCACGUCACCGCUUUCAGCUCUUUGUACACCUCGUUUCUCAACGUGUUGUUUUUUACAAUCCCAGUACUUGUUACUAUUCAGACAGCUGUUUGGGCUCUACUUUUGUUCAUCAGCACAAAAAAUCAAAAUCAAGCAUAUCUCGAGUUUGCCUCCGCAGCUUUAGCAGGAUCAAAAAAUUGGACGACUUCCGUCGGAGUUGAGACAAGCGCUAGUACUUUGGUUCUAUCUAGACUCACUGCUUAUUUACACACAUGUGAUAAAUUUGUUGUCAUCGCACGAUGGGCAGCAGUUUGUUGGUCACUCAUUGGACUGGUUCUUGCAGGUUUUUACGCUUUUGCUGCAGCUGUUUUGAUCAAGCUCUUGAAGCACUGCAUGAACGUCGCUGGGGGGACCGUCUCACACUUCACACGCACUUGGGAAUAUCACGUUGAAACACCAGGUGCAUUGGAUAUGAGCUUCGAUUCUAUAAAGCUAAAAGCUCAGCCGGCAAUAAAGCGAUUAAAUGACGAAUACGUCUACCUUGUUGGACAUUGUUCCGUUAUGACGGUGUGCUUGCUAUCAGACGGAAUUGUUGGAAUAGUCAUCGCCAUCAAAACUGAACGAACCGUGACUGAUCCUAAAUGGCGCAUCGUCGGAAACUGGAUCACAUUAGUUGGCUCCUGUUUUAUAUCAGUGGCAAUGUUAAUACAGAGUUGGAGAAUGUUGUCAGAAAGAGACACGACUCAAUCAAGCUCAACAUCAAUGGAGAAGUGUGGUUACGAGGAGGAAGUGACGCCCGCACGGUUCAUCGUCGAGACUGACGACGAUUUCUUUAGUGAAGAACUACAUCAAAUACAAAAAAUCUCAGGAUUUGUUGAGGACAGCGAUGUCAGCUCAAAAAAUACAAUCAUUCCCUCAGAAUUGAGCUUACAUAUCGAGACUGAAAAGGGCCCCAAGUAA